AUGGGCCUCUCGUUGGUCCUCAGUGACGCGUUGUCCGUUAUCGCCGAACCGAGCUCUGACGACCCCAUUCUCCAAUGCAAAGACCGCCAGGACCUUCAGGACUUGCUCUUCAAUCAGACCGAGAAAGCGUUGGAGCUUGCCAAUGCAAACCUACACGUCUUUCCCUUCAAAAAUGUGCAACCCUGCUGGCAUCGACUCUACACAGACGCGUCUAUUGUCAAAGCUUGCGUCAUCAUCAUCACCAGAUGCGGCCUGACCUGCGACAUAUUUGAAACCCAACUUGACCUUUCACGACUCAUUCAAGAUGUCAGGAAUACAGUAACUGAGCCGAAGAUCUCCCCAACUGCGCCAUGGCUUUCGGAAAUCGUGGAAAUCCUGGAUCGAGUCUUGAUCAUGACUGGAGCCCUGUUGCGCGAGAAGCUUGUUGAAUCUUUGCUCUCAACGCUGCAGGCAGCGACCGAAUCCACUGAAUUUGAAUACGACAAUACUGGCAGCUUUGAAUAUCCUCAGUCGAAGCGCAGAAAGUUCUCGCCCCCGCUCUUCCCUCCAGAUGCCAUGCCUGAACCCCGUCUGGAGCGACCGAUCCCGCAUUUGUCGGCGCCGUCUUUUGAUUCCAUCGAACACCAUAUCGAGAAUAUUCGCACACCAUUGGUGAUUCAAAAUGCGAUAGAUUACUGGCCCGCAACCUCGACACGUUCGUGGGCGUCGCGGGACUAUUGGUGGCAGCGCACGUUCGGGGGUCGCAGAUUAGUCCCUGUUGAACUGGGAAGGUCAUACACAGAUGAGGAUUGGGGACAGAAGAUCAUGCCGUUCAAAGAGUUUGUGGAUAAGCAUCUAUGGCAUGGGAGACUUGCCCCCAAAGCACCAGAAAACCAACCCUCGGCCACCAACCUCGACAGAGAGACAGCAUAUAUGGCACAACAUGACUUGCUUGCUCAAAUCCCCGCCUUACGAAAGGACAUCAGUGUGCCGGACUACUGCUAUAUCAGCCCACCGGGUCCGGAUCCAGGGACACCUGUAUAUGAGAAGAACCGGCGGGAACGCGAGGCGAAAGUCCAGGCGCAUGAUAACCCCCAAGACACCCAACUGGACACCGCACCGAAUGACCUUGACACAGCUGAGCCAGACUCCGAUUCUGGCUCAUACAUGGGAAUGCCCAGCGAUCCGAUCAUUAACACCUGGAUCGGGCCUGCGUGGACGAUCUCUCCUCUUCACCACGAUCCUCAUCACAAUAUCCUCGCGCAGGUCGUGGGCACGAAGUAUAUUCGUCUCUAUUCGCCCCAUACACCUGCCUCUCAGAUCUAUCCGCGGGGGUGUGAAUGGGUUGAGUCGGUUGACGAGACUGCAGACCCAGACCCUGUGACUGGAGCUCUGCCAACAAUUCGCAGACAGAUUGACAUGUCCAACACCUCCAAGGUUGACUUGGCUGCUAUCGAAAUGUCUCCUAUUGAGUUUGAGCAGUGGGAAGAGAUGUGGCCCGGGUUUCAAGACGCCGAUUACGUAGAAACAGUUCUCCAUGAGGGCGAGUGCCUUUACAUCCCUGUUGGAUGGUGGCACUAUGUACGUGGCCUAAGGGCUGGCAUCAGCGUGAGCUUCUGGUGGGGAUGA